AUGGCAGCGGCGGCGGGCGAAGAGCGGGGCGAGCCGCGCACCCAGGAGUUCGUCUAUGGGGAGGAGGACUUCGUGCUGCAGGGAGCCGGCUGGGAGGCCGAGCCGGACGCCGCGCCCGCCUCCCGCUUCGACCGGGCGCUGCUGGAGGGCUGGAGCGACAGGAUGGAGCGGGGCUUGUUCCGGUACCGGCUGGGCCCGCUGCCCACCCGCGUCCUGCCCGGCGCCAUGCGCCUGGUCACGCAGCUCAACGUGCAGCGCGGCACCGAGCGCCGCCCCCCGCAGCAUAUCCGCAGCCUGCGGCAGCCCUUCGACCCCGCCGCCUUCAACUUCACCCGGCUCCGCCCCGACGAGCUGCUGCUCCGCCUGCGCAGGACGGGGACCGACUCCAGCUCCGCGCCGCCCGACCCGCUGCUGGUGGCCAUCAACGCCAGCCCGCUGGAGCGGGGCCACGUCCUGCUGCUGCCGGAGCCGGCGCGGGGGCUGCCGCAGGCGCUCACGGCGCCGCUGCUGCGCGGGGGGCUGGAAGCCGCGCUGCUCAGCGCCCACCCGGGCUUCCGCCUGGGCUUCAACGGGCUGGGGGGCUGCGCCUCCGUCAACCACCUGCACCUGCACGCCUUCUACCUGGCGCACCCGCUGCUGGUGGAGUCGGCGCCCGCCCGGCCGCUCUGCCCGCAAGGCCGGCUCAGCUUCCUGACCGGCGUCCCCGCACCCGCCUUUCUCUUCUACGCCGCCGGCCCCGCCGGCCUGGAGGCGCUGGCCCGGGACGUGUGCCGGGCGGCGGAGCACCUGACCGACGCCGGCCUGGCUUACAACGUGUUCGCCACGCGGGGCGACCCGCCGGAGGGGCCGGCGGGGGGCUGCGGGGGCGGGCGGGGGCUGCGGGUGCUGCUGUGGGCGCGGCGGCCCAGCUUCGGCGCCAAGGCGGGCGAGGCGUUCAACGUGGCUCUGUGCGAGCUGGCGGGGUACCUGCCGCUGCCCGCCGCCCCGCUCUUCCGCGACAUGACGGAGGACGCGGCGCUGCGGGCCGUGCGGGAGCCCGUCCCGGCGGAACCGGAGCUGCUGCGCCUGGGGCACGAGCUGGUGCGGCUGCUGCGGGGCUGA